UUAAAUAUUACGUUUUAUUUAUUUUUAAAGUAUAUACAUAAAAAUAAAAUUAACUUAUUUAUUAAAUCCUUUACUAAUUAUAUUAUAAAGUCUAAGUUUUUUAUUACCUUUUAUAAGGCUUAUAAUAAGAUUUUUUUAAAUAAAAAUAUUAAAUCUGCUUUCCGUAAAGCUAAAAUUUUAUUAUAA